AUGUGUCAGAAGUCAGCUCAUGUGCCGGGCGUCGCUUCCUGUAUCUGGUACGCCACCGAACAGGGCAAGGGUGAGUCCGCGGAUCGUCCCUGCUUCCUUCCCCCUGCCGCCUCAGCUCGUCCUCCGCGGCCGCGCUCUGUCGCUGUGCGGGGCGGAGACUCUGCAUUUGAGACACAAGUCCUUGUAGACAAGAUUUUCACCAGAACUACGACAUUCUUUACAAUUUUCUUCAUCACCACAAGAAAAAGGCAUCACACUCACUAUUACCCAGACCAACCUCCUGACGCCACGCCCCCAGACCAGCCUCCUGACGCCACGCCCCCAGACCAGCCUCCUGACGCCACGCCCCCAGACCAGCCUCCUGACGCCACGCCCCCAGACCAGCCUCCUGACGCCACGCCCCCAGACCAGCCUCCUGACUCCACGUCCCCAGACCAGCCUCCAGACGCCACGCCCCCUGACCAUCCUCCUGACGCCACGCCCCCAGACCAGCCUCCUGACUCCACGUCCCCAGACCAGCCUCCUGACGCCACGCCCCCAGACGCCACGCCCCCAGACCAGCCUCCUGACGCCACGCCCCCAGACCAACCUCCUGACGCCACGCCCCCAGACCAGCCUCCUGACGCCACGCCCCCAGACCAGCCUCCUGACGCCACGCCCCCAGACCAGCCUCCUGACGCCACGCCCCCAGACCAACCUCCUGACGCCACGCCCCCAGACCAGCCUCCUGACGCCACGCCCCCAGACCAGCCUCCUGACGCCACGCCCCCAGACCAGCCUCCUGACGCCACGCCCCCAGACCAGCCUCCUGACGCCACGCCCCCAGACCAGCCUCCUGACGCCACGCCCCCAGACCAGCCUCCUGACGCCACGCCCCCAGACCAGCCUCCUGACGCCACGCCCCCAGACCAGCCUCCAGACGCCACGCCCCCAGACCAGCCUCCUGACGCCACGCCCCCAGACCAGCCUCCUGACGCCACGCCCCCAGACCAGCCUCCUGACGCCACGCCCCCAGACCAGCCUCCUGACGCCACGCCCCCAGACCAGCCUCCUGACGCCACGCCCCCAGACCAGCCUCCUGACGCCACGCCCCCAGACCAGCCUCCUGACGCCACGCCCCCAGACCAGCCUCCUGACGCCACGCCCCCAGACCAGCCUCCUGACGCCACGCCCCCAGACCAGCCUCCUGACGCCACGCCCCCAGACCAGCCUCCUGACGCCACGUCCCCAGACCAACCACCUGACUCCACGCCCCCAGACCAACCACCUGACUCCACGCCCCCAGACCAACCUCCUGACGCCACGCCCACAAACCAACCUCCAGACGCCACGUCCCCAGACCAACCUCCUGACGCCACGCCCCCAGACGCCCACUGA